AUGGCCCGAGGCGACCCCGAGGCCGACGUCUUCGCCGUUCCCGACUUCUGGCAGACGUCGAAAUGGCUGCAACAGGUGAUUCAGGAUGCGCCGCCAACCCUGUUCACAACGGACCUCGGUGGCCUGCCUGGAAACCCGCCGUUUCGUGUUGCGCUCCAGCAGGAGGGCUUCUUCAAGCUCCCUUCGCUCUGCCUUGUCGAGCCCAAGCAGACGGUCACUCAGCCAGAGCAGCAAUGUGCCAGCACUGCUUCCACCAGCUCGAGCAGUACUGAAGAUGCCCAAGAUGUCUGGAUCGACACUGCAGAGCCGUCGGAUGACAAGGUUAGCUUCAGGACAUGGGAUGCUUUCAAAACCACAGAGUUUGCGGUACAUCAGCCCAUGUUCGUGAGCGAGGCUGGCCCAGCCGCCUACGAUGCCUUGCUGCGCCAGGCCGCAGAUCCGCCGGAGCUCCAAAACUCGGAUGCUGCCAUCGUGGAAGCCAGGACCUACAUCUCUUGCUUAUUGGCACUGGCUCUCGGCCGAGACUCCAUCUUCUUCAAAAAGGACAACAAGCUGCAGACAUUCCACCCUGCGCUCCCAAGCUUUCGCAUCUCGGGAUAUUCUCGACAAGUCCUCGAGGGAAUCGAAAGUCAGGCCCUCCGGUGCGGGGGCUCUUUCUUGCAGCUGAGUGCCUUUGUCCGGAGCGCCUAUGCCAAGAACUCGAGUCGCUGCGAGGUGGCUCUCGCCAGUAGCAUCUCCCACGUCUUGCAAGCCGUGGAACAGAGGCUAGCUGUAGAUGGCAUCAAGCCCCGUUCCCUCUUGCAACUUCAGGCGUCCAUCCGGGACGUCUCAACCGCAUUGGCUCCUCCUCAAAGACUCGUCUCGCGGCUGCGUCAAGAAUUUUCAGACGAAGAAAUUUUGUCCCUCAUUUUUCAUAUGGCGUCCUCCUUGGACGACGGCCAAGGCUUUGUUCGAGUCAUCGUGCGCGAGAUGUUGCGGCGAGUGUCUGCCCCAUGGAUCGAGCUAUUGGAAGAGUGGAUCGGAACGAAGCGAGAGGAAGGCAUUCCGCUGUCAAAGUCUUGCGUGGGAGAAAGCAGAGGGUUUGUCAAGGUUGAAGCGGAGACGUACGUGGACGAUUUCGGCCGCGAGGUAGAAGACGUCGACUUCCGACUGGAUCAUACCAAGGUGCCGGACUUUAUGCCGAGCGAUGUGGUCGAGUCGAUGUUCGAGACGGGGCGCAACUUGCGUUUCAUCAGAUCCUUUCACCCAAAUCAUCCCUUGGCUCAACAAGCCGUGAUUGAAUCAACGCAGCCGCCAAAGGCCGAGUGGCUGUACGACUGGGCCUCGAUAUUGGAACUCGAGAGACGAACCGCCCGGUAUCGCGACAACCUCUACGAGGUCCUGCGAGCAAGUCGCCGCGACUCUUGGUCCCGCACGCAUGGCAUUGGAGCCGUUGCGCCUGCCCCCAGCUCGACGUUUCAACUCGAUUUCUUUGGACUGGAUCAACAUGGCAUGGAAGAGAAAAUGUUGGCCUCAAUCAAACAGCUGGACCAACCGAUGACUGGGCCGAAAGGCGAGGAUUCUCUGAGCGAACUCUUGCGCGAGCGACUCUUCGAUAUGCACGGUGCGGACAUGGAUCGAGCCGACGCCACGCCGCACUGGUCGCUUCUUUCCGUUCUCUCAUUCGGUGGGAUUGCCUCGGCACAGGCUCAGAUAGUCAACCGUGAGAGCCUGCGGUUGCUCUUCGACGCACACGACAUUCGUGGGCAGUUGAGGCUGCAGCGAGACUUCCAUCUUUUCGGCAACGGAAUGUUCUGCAGUCGCUUGUCACACGCAUUGUUUGACCCCGACUUGACGUCGGCGGAGAGGCAGGCUGGCAUCGCCAGACAGGGAGUCAUGGGGCUCCGCCUCGGUGGGCGGGAUGCCUGGCCCCCAGCUAGCUCGGAGCUGCGGCUGGUUCUUAUGGGGGUUUUAACUGAAAGUCACGCUUCUCGAGACAGCUCGAGCUUUAGCCUUCAGACUGGCGACUCUUCUCUGCCGGGAGAUCUAAGUUUUGCGGUUCGGGACCUGUCGACCGAGGAGAUUGACAAGUGCAUGAACCCAGACUCGCUCGAGGCGUUGGACUUUCUUCGGCUUUCCUACAAAACGCCGGCGGAAUUGAGCGGCAUCAUCACCCCCAUCCACCUGAUGCACUACGACCGCAUCUUCAAGCUCCUCUUGCGGGUGUUGCGGAUGCAGUACGUUACCAAUCAGCAUUGUCUCAGCGUCAAGGCCCAGGGUGACAGCUGGCAAUGCCCGAACAAUGCGUCAUUGCGCUUCAACAGAGAGGCCCAUCACUUCGUCUCGAGCGUGGCAUCGUAUUUCCUUGAUGUGGGCGUCGCCAUUCCUUGGCAGAUGUUUGAGCAAAGGAUGGGCCAGGUGCGGGCCGACCUCGAGGACGGCAGCGGGGAUGUCUCGACCAAGAAGCUCCAGAGCCCCAACGAGCUACGAGAGCUUCACUCACAGGUUCUCGACCGCAUCAUGUUUGCGUUGUUCUUGCGCAAGCGGCAGCAGCCGGUGCUCAAGCUACUGGAGGAGCUGUUCAGCAUUGUGCUCCGGUAUGCAAAGCACGCGAGGUUGGAGGCCUUGGGGAGAGGCGGCGAGACGGAAGAGAAGGCGGACGCCGCGGAGCUGUACGCCGAGUUCAAGAAGAAGAUGCAGGUCUUCCUGACGGUCUGUCGGGGGGUGUCGGAGAAGGGCCGGGCAGGGAGUGGCAAGGCAUACGAGGAGCUGGGCGUUGGGGAGGACAGCUUGGUGGCGCAACUGCUGAUGAAGCUGGACAUGGGCCACUUCUAUGUCGCGCAGUUCAGGGGCUAA